UUCACAGUAGUAGGUAUUGCUUUAUUAGUAUUUGAAUACCGGAAACGCUACAGACAACCAAAUCCUUGUUAAAUUUUUGUAAAUAUCUGAAAAUGGAAAAUAGCAGUGUUCCCAGGAACUUUACCAAUCCAAUCGCCAAACUUCUGGACGACUUCCUACAAUCAACGCCACUUGUAAAUGGAGAUAUGUGUCGUAUCAUAGCUACAAUAUUUGUUAUGGUAUUAUGUUUCUACACUAUACUCUUUGUGGCAAGAAUAAUGGUGGCCAUAGCCCUUCCCACCUUCAUAGUGGUGGGGUUCCUUCUCUUCUACCGCUUUGUCACCUUCACCGAAGUGAAAGAAGGUCUCAGGGAGAUGCCGAAAAUCGUAGCUUUGCUAGCAAACUUCACCGGUGACAUAUUAAAUGAAGACCUCCUAAAAUAGAAGCUCUCGAUACACUGCUAAAGUUGUGUAGUUUUACAUGAUUUAAAUUUUGUUAAUCGAUUAAAAUACUUUCGUAUCCAAUUUGAAUAAACAUCAAAAAUCUCUUAACGUAAGAGUCCCACUG